ACUUUUAUCCCCUGGAUUCUCCGUGGAAAUGUAGUGGUGUGUGCUUGUAUCAGUCCGCCACAGCUCCCUGUUGGACUUCUUUUUCCAGCGGAAGACUUUUUGUCCAACCGCGCGGCGCGUUUGUUUCAGGUGGAGCUGGGCUGUUCCCUCAGAGAUAAAAACUACUGACAACAUCCAGGUACAGUUCCAUCCACAACGUGUUUUUGGCUCCAUGGCUGCUAAUAUGACCCCUCAGGGCUGCGGCCUCGACCUGGACUCCCUCUACUACAACCUGUGCAGCCUCAGUGCUGUCUGGGGCAUCGUGGUAGAAGCCAUAGCAGCAGCUGGCGUCAUCUUUUCCUUCGUGCUCUUCGUUUCGCUUCUGGCCAGCAUGCCCUUCAUCAAAAGCCCCAACCAUAAAAACUCUUUGGCUCUUCAGGCCAGCUUUCUGUUCUGCACUGCUGGACUCUUCUGCCUGACAUUCGCUUUCAUUGUGGGGAAGAACUUCUCCACCUGUGCCUCGAGAAGAUUUCUCUUUGGGGUGCUGUUUGGUGGGUGUUUCGCCUGCCUCCUGAUGCAGUGCAUCAGGCUGAACAUCUUGGCCAGGAGGAAUGCUGGGCCCCGGGGCUGGGUGCUCUGGUUGGGAGCGCUGGGGAUGUGGCUGGUGGAGGUUGUCAUCAACACCGAGUGGCUCAUCAUCACAGUCGUUCGCCACCCGCUGCUUCCUGUCAAUGCCACGACUGAACCCAUCAGAGCCACUGCAACACCUUGUAACAUUGCCAACCAGGACUUUGUCAUGGCGCUGAUCUACGUGAUGGUUCUCAUCCUGGCUACGGUCAUGGCAGGUCUGCCCAUCAUGGCGGGCAAAUAUGCAGAGUGGAAAAAGGAAGGUGGUCUCAUUCUGGUGAUAAGCCUGAUCUCUGUGGGCAUCUGGGUGGCCUGGAUCGUCAUGUACGUGUAUGGGAAUGAACAAACUGGAGGCCCGACGUGGGACGACCCGACCCUGGCCAUCGCCUUGGUGGCAAAUGGUUGGGUGUUCAUCAUCAUCUACACCAUUCCUCAGAUUUGCUGUUUUAAUAGCGACGACGAGAUCGAAGAAGACUAUGGGGAGGAUGCUUACACGAACCGGGGAGUCGGAUAUGAGACGAUCCUGAAGGAACAUAACUCUCAGAAAAUGUUCAUGGAAAAUAAGGCUUUCUCCAUGGAUGAGCCAGGCCAAGGAAACAAGCCUGUGUCUCCGUAUAGUAAUUACACUGGUCAGAUGCGUGCUACGGUCUACCAACCAACUGAGCUGGCUCUCAUUACCAAAACAGUUGGAAAUCAACAGCGUGAGCAGUCCUUUGACAUGAUCAUUCCCAGAGCUUCCAUGGCCUCUGCAGCCAACAGCGGGAGCAGUACCCCCUCUACACACACUGAGCAUGGGAACACUUCACGCUUACAGACAAGCGGUCAAACUGUGCAUAGGACGCCCCAGUGGUGAUCAUUACGCUACACCUGCAGCUCGACUCGACAUCUGCUAUAACUUUGUCUCAUUCCUUCUCAUUUGCACUGGCUGACUCUAUGUUUGCUGUUUUUCACGGUUCCCUAAGCUGGCUCUACGAGGAACCCCAUAGGCCCCAGCACAUGGAGGUGAAUGUUAGAUCACCCCAGUGAUGGUGGUCAGAUAAACCCUCCAUUGACUGAUUGUGUGGACCACUGGGUGUCAGACAGUAGAGGGCUUAAUUCAGAGGAGAAAUCCCAGGGAUGAAGCUUUGCUUUCUGGAACAAAGUCUUUGUUGCAGAAAGAACAAAGACUUUCUGCAACAGACACCAUGUGCUGACAACAAACUUUCAGCUCUCAGCUGCAAACACACAGAUGCACAAGGAUCGUGCUGACAGUGCAAGAAUUUUUGGGGCACAGCGUACUCUAUAUUCACACUUAUUUAAUCAUUGAAUCAUAUUCCACCAGCCAAAAUAAAGAAACCAGUUGCAAGUGCUUAUGAUUAAUGGCUGCAGAAAUUUAGGUUUGAUUGUAGGAGUAAAUGCCAUCAUUUAUGUCUUCACAAAGUUGAAUUAUUGUAAAUACAGUAUGUUUGUGUUGGUAUCAUUAGUUUUGCACUGCAUGGAAGUAUUGUAAGGGUGUAUGUUGUAAUUCUAUUUAAAACGCUGCUGUGUGUUGUUUAAUUGUUUUAAAUUUCUACCAAUCAAGCAAUCAUGAGAUUUCAAAACUGAAUGGCUGUCUUGUUAAUUUGUUUCUUUCUUUGCUCAUUAAGUCACCAAAUUUCUGACACUUCACAUUUAUUAUUUCUGAAAAUAAUGCAGGGACAGUUGAGAAAAAAAAACACUAAAGCACCUGCUGCUGACAGGAAUGAAAUAAGUAAUUUUGCAAAUUACUUUUAUUAGUCAUGUGAAAAAAAUAAGACACCCUAUUAAAUAUUCAUGUCUUUAUGUAGAACUGUCCACAUAUCAAACUUCUAAUUUAUCUCUGGAAUAUAAUGUGAUAUAGUUAAACAAAAACUCAUUAAACAAAAGGCAAAAAAAAGUUUUUUAAGCUGAGAAACUAGGAGAGCCAACCUCCCUAAUAGUUUAAUAACUUCAGUGAAAUACUUGCAGUAAUUAUCUACUAGUCUCUACAUCAACCUGUCAUGUCACCCCACAGCAAACGUAAUUGACAUCUGGGUCUCUACUCAUCCCAGGACAUUCCAUUUCUUUAUACUUACACAAUUCUUUUUGGAUUUUUUUCAGUAGGUUUUGGAUUCUUGUCUUAUUGAAGGGUCCUGUUAUGCUUCAGCUUCAAGUUAGUUUUUUUUUUUUACAGGUCUAAGAAUUUCCUUAAACAGAUUUAUUUAUGGUAGAAUUCACAAUUCCUGGUUUCUGUACUAGUGAGCUGGCCGGUUUCUCCUUCAGCAAAGUAUCCCCAUCAUGACACUUUCGGCUCCAACUUCAUACGUAAAUUAAUGUAUAUAUAAAAAAACUGAAUCUGAAAGUGACUAACAACAUAAUAACAAUGACAAUAAGGUACACAAGCACAGACAAAAAUAUUUUUGUAAAUUGCCAUGUGAAUGAUGCAUCAGGGUUUCCAGUGAUUUCUAGGAAGGACAAAAAAGUGUUGUUGUUAUUGAUGGAAUUACUGUGACUGACAGGCAGGCAGCAAACCAUUUUCACCCAUCAGACAUUUACCCUGAGAGUAAAUAUUGAAUAGUUUCAAGGGAGCAAAUCAACUAUGUAAACUCUAUUCCUGUUGAUCAUUUACUAUUUUAAAAAAAAACCUAUAAACAAGCUAAAUAUAAAUGUGCUUAUCUAAAAUCUUCACUUACAACGAUACCUACCUUUAUAGACCAAUUGUUGGCUCAAGUUUAACGUCAUGUAUGGAUUUUUGUAAAAGGUAAAAGAAAAACUGCACCACUGUUGCUUCAGUUAGAGCUUCCUCAGCAUAGAUAAAGCUUCUGCUUGUAUGGUGGUUGUAAAACACUUCAGGAUGGGGGAUCAUUAUCUGUAGUGAUUGAUACACUACUUCAUUGUAUUUAUGUAUCAAAAUCUUAUCAAUUUAAUUAAUAAAAUAACUUCCUCUCUCUCUCUAAUCUUGAGGGACUGUCGGCCUCAUCCUCACAGUAAGGAUGCUCCUCUGAGGCUGGGAUGCUGUUAGUUCUGUGGCAUAGUAAGAAGCAAGAAGGGUUUCUUUUGCAGGAAAUCAGGCCCAAAUCACACAAAAAAUUUGAUUGUGGUCUCAGGAUCAGGCUUGUUAAAUAUUGAAUCUACUUCACUCCCAUCUUCUUCCUUCAUCCUGGCUCAGCACUAGUGCUCCCUCACAUACAUCACCCCAUCAUGACUACGGAGUGGAUUUGCCACCUCUCAUACACUAGGAAAAAUAAAUUUGUAAUUUUUGUUCCUUUCGCUCACACCUCUCCUACAUGCAUGCUUUCCAAAAGAGGAAACAGAAUAAUUCAAUCACAUUCAGAAGCUUAAUGUGUUUAACUUCAUUUCUAACUAAACAGCUGUGAAUGCUUCAAUCACUUCACACCGACCAUCAUAGGAGCCUCAACUUUGGAAUAAAAAGAUCAUUUCAGCUAAGUGCAAUGUCAUGAUGAAAUCACGUUUUACAAGUCUGGGUCAAAGUGUGGCAUCUCUGAACAAAAGUUGGGUUUCUGUGUAAUGAUACAUGAGCUUGUUUUAAUUUGCUUGUUGCAUUUUUUUUGUUGUAGAUUUGAGAAGUCAAAGGUAUUUUUUAAAUACAGACAUGCAUAGAGCUAACAAUAUAUAACAGUCUGAUGUAAAGUUGCUGCCAGGAAAAGCCCUGCGUACCAAUAUUACUUUAUUUUCUCACCAGAACACCUAAAAACUCUGAAGUUUCAAUUUAUUAGUGAAUAAGAUUUGACUUGUUGACUUGGGAAGUAGGGAAGACAGUGAGUCAAGGAUGGAUGCAGCAAUGAAGUGUUGGGACAGCCAGCUUCUAGCUUUCUAAAAUAUUUAACACAUUAUUAUCCACCAACAGUUAUGAAGUGUCGGCUGGUUGCGUAAUCAUGCUUGGGUUUCGAUGUUUUCCAACAGAUCUGGAGCCUCUCCUUCAGGCUCAUUUUUCAUUGUCUUCAAUAAAGCGGCUCAGGCUACUUGCUGCUGACGUAACACCCUGUUGUGGGCAGAGAUUCAUGCUGGAGCCACCUGCUGUGGCCUGAUAACCUUCAGGUGUCUCCAGGAGAUGAGGGGACAACAAUCUGUUUCUAUUUUUAGCCUCUGUCUGUGGUGCGUUUUGAUCAGGAGGAACAAGUUAUGCAAAGAAGUUCCUGCUGGGGACAAGAUAAGUCAAACGUUCAAUGAUUUAAAAAAAUAAAAAUAAA